AAAUAAAAAAAUCGGGAAGAGAAGAGAAAAGAUGGCGUGGGAUCCACCCUGGAAUUCUUUGGGAUUUUCCUGCCUCGUCCUGGCUCGCUCCAGACUUUCCCUGGCGCAGCUGAUCGAGGCCACGACGGCGCCUCCCAAGAAGAAGCCGGAUCCGGUGACGUCGGAGACCGUGGUGAUCUGGGGGCUGAAGGAUUUUAAAUCCCUAGGGCGCCAGGCGGCCAAAAACUACGCGGACAAACUGGACGGGGUGCCGGCCCUGGAGGAGCUCACCGACAUUCCCGGAGGCUCUCCCGAAAAUCUCCUCACUCUCUCUGGCCAGUCCAGACCUCUCCACUCCCUGCCUGUGCUGAAGGAAGAGGAUGAGAUGAUUCUCCAAGGAAUUUAG